ACCCUAACAAACGGUAUCUUCUCUCCACAGUCUUCAGCUAUUAGUGUGUUUCACAAUUACAAGAAGCAGAAGAGUUCAAUUAGAAGAAGCAGAGUGUUCAAUCACGAGGGCUUCUCAUUCUUCUCUUCUGGUGUGAAAAAUGUCAGGAAGAAAAGAAACAGUUCUUGAUUUGGCUAAGUUUGUAGACAAAGGUGUUCAAGUCAAGCUCACUGGUGGCAGACAAGUCACAGGGACUCUGAAAGGAUAUGAUCAAUUGCUAAACCUUGUCCUGGAUGAAGCCGUAGAAUAUCUGAGAGAUUCUGAUGAUCCAUUGAAGACCACUGAUCAGACCAGGAACCUUGGCCUAAUAGUAUGUAGGGGAACUGCAGUGAUGCUCGUAUCUCCAACCGAUGGUACAGAUGAGAUUGCUAACCCUUUCAUCCCCCAAGAUGGUGCUUAGUCUGUUUAUAUUUCAAAGACUAACUUUGAAUUUCUAUCAUUUUUAGCUUGUACUUUAUCUAUAAUUAUAAUUCUAUUCCCAACUUCUUUAGAAGUAGUUAAUUUCUUCCUUCAA